AUGUGUUCCGGAGUUGAUCGGGAGUGGCAAAGAAGACGCCGUUUUCAUUCUGAAGAUGCUUUAGACAGUCUGCGACUGAAAAAUUCAAGAGCUGGGUACUUGUCGAGAAUAACCAAGUUGUACCGAGAAACUGAAGAACUCUUAAAUGACUCAAAGAAUGUCAAUGAAGUUUCGGAGAAAUUAUUGGACAUUGACGAAGCCUUUGCUCGCUUCGAGAAGGCGCAUUACGAUUACAUUGCUACUUUAUCUGGAAACUUAGAAGAAUGGGAAAGCGAAGCACGUUAUUUUAAAGAACAUUGCAACCGAAAGAUGAAUUUUGAAUCAAGAAUUGAACAAUGGAUUCAUAGCGUAAAGGUGCCAGUUGUAACUCACGAAGAUAUAGACACACAGCCUGAAGAUGUCGUCAGCACAGCGCAUUUAUCUAUUAGACAGCUGAAGGCCAAGCAAGCGUUAGCUUAUCUAAAGCUGAAACAGUUAACGCAAAAGUAA